AUGCCUCCCACUUCUUCCUACCACGUCCCUCCUCUCCCUCCUCCUAUCGUGCCUGCAUGCGCCAGGAACUUCAUCCGUCACUGCAAGCGCGGCUGCCUGCAGUUUGUCUUCAUCAAGCCACUCCUCGCCGGGCUCUGCCUCGCCCUCUACGCCACUGGCCUCUACGAGGAGGGCGUGUUCGCUGCCAGCAACGGGUACCCCUACGUGACAUGCGUGUACAUGGUGUCAUACUCCCUCGCGGUCUACGCGCUGCUCUUCUUCUACUUCGGCUGCCACGACCUGCUGCGCUCCUUCAACCCCAUCCCCAAGUUCAUCAUGAUCAAGCUUGUUGUCGUCCUCACCUACUGGCAGGGCAUAGUGGUGUUCGUAGCGGGCCAUCUGGGUCUAGUGCGCUCCUCCACCGACGCAGCAGACCUGCAGUCUCUGCUGCUGUGCUGUGAGAUGGCCCUCGCUGCAGUGGGCUUUGCGUGGGCCUUCCCCGUGACGCCCUUUGCUGCUGCCAGCGUGGGGGGCGGUGGGGGGCGGAUAGUAGAGGAGGUGGGGGGCUUCUUUCAGAGGCUCAGGCAUGCGGCAGCUGUGGGGGAUGUGGUGGACGACACUGUUCACCAGUGCGCCACCUUUGCUUGCCAUGUCGUGCCACCUCUGCUUGCCACCAUGACUGCGUCUCCUCUCCCUGCCCACCCCUCCGUUUCUCCGCAUCGUACCAUAUUUCACCUGCAACUCUCCACAUUCACACCCGCCGGCUAUCCCCGAUGUACCACGGCUACGUUCUCCCCGACCUACCAUGACUACGUGCUCUACAGCGAUGGCUCCACACAGGCCAAGCACUUCCGCACUCGCACGUUCGUGCCCAUGGGCCGGGAGAUGGAGGCAUACCGCAAGGACGGCAAGAUCAACUCCAUCCAGUCGCCCGACUACAUUCUCGCCCCCCCUCCUCCUCUUCAUCCCUUCCCCUGCAAGCCCUGCGCCACCACCACCACUGCCCCCGAUACCACCACCGGCUCCACCACCACCAUGAGCAGCAGCGCAUCUGGCCUGGCAUCUGACACUGCCAUACGCACCCUGGCGGCUGACUCGUUAGGAACUGCUUCAGGAGACCCGUUUAGAGAAGUUACUAACAGUGUUGGAACCAGUGGUACAAGAGCCGCAGCAGCAACUGUAACAGCCCCUGCCAGCACCAUGGUUACUGAGUUACCACCUGGCACAGCACUGCUAGACUUCCUGUCUGGGAGUGGGACCAAAAGCAUGGUAUUAACACGGGGAUCCAUGGAUUUGGGGCUGGUGGUGGACGAGGAGGACCUCAUGGAGGAAGGGGAUGCAAGGCGCGAGCUGGAAGGUGUGGUGCAGCGGUGA